AUGGCAACAGAAGCAGCGAAUCCUCCGCCACCUCCCACUGCUGAAGUUGUCGGCAAUGCUUUUGUUGACCAGUAUUAUCACAUCCUUCACCACUCUCCUGAGUUGGUCCACCGAUUUUACCAGGAUGUUAGUGUGUUGAGCCGUCCAGAUCCUAGUGGCCUCAUGACGACCGUGACAACUAUGAAAAGCAUAAACGAAACUAUAUGUUCCUUGGAUUACAAAAAAUACAAGGCUGAGAUAAAGACUGCUGAUGCACAAGAUUCUUAUGAAGAUGGAGUGGUGGUGCAAGUAACUGGGUGCUUGACCGGACCUGACAACUUGAAAAAGAAAUUCACACAGACUUUUUUCCUUGCUCCUCAGGACAAAGGGUACUACGUCUUAAAUGAUAUUCUUCGUUAUGUAGAAGAGAGUGAACCAGAAAUCAGCAUGGAGACAGUUACUGGAGUUCAGUUAACACCAUCUCGUUCUGCUACCCAAGAUCCAGAACCAGCUCAAGUGGUCGGUUCCCCAAAAGUGGACCAUGAAACUUCUCAAGUGGAGGAAGCUGAAAUAUUUGAGGCAAAAAGCAGUGACCUAGUGAUUGAAGAGAGAGAAGCUGGUGAUAAUCAUACAGAUACCUUGAUAGAAGCCGACUCCCAUGUUAAUGGGAAUCAUGUAACUGAGGUUGCAGAUGCAGGUACUUCUUCAUCUCAGGAGGAAACUCCAAAGAAGUCGUAUGCAUCAAUUGUUAGCUCACAGACGAAGAAAGGUCCAACCAAAAUCUACGUUCCUACUACCACAGCCAAAUUAGCUCAGCCCAAAGCUGAGCAACCAAUCAACACAGACACAAAGGAAUCACGCCGUGAAUCAACUUCUGAUAUUCGACCUGAUGAUGUACCAGAAAAUAAAGAUGUCCAGGAUGAAGUUCAGGGCCACUCCAUAUACAUCCGCAAUUUGCCUCUACAUUUUACAGUCACACAGCUUCAAGCUGAAUUUCAGAAAUUUGGAACUAUUAAGCCGAAUGGGGUUCAAGUCAGAAAUAACUGGGUUGGUUUUAGUGCAACUUGUUUUAGUAUUUUGUUCAAUUUGCUGAAUUUUGAAUCUCCAAUGACUAUCGGAGACCGUCAAGCUACAGUCGAGAUAAAGAGAACCACUACUCGAGUUGGCGGUGGGAGGGGUCGGUUUGCUUCUUCACGCGGAGGGUUUCGUAACGAAAACUUCAGAGGCCGGGGUAACUUCAGCAGUGGUCGGGUUUACGGUAGAAAUGGAGAUUUGAGGGGCCGUGGUAACUUUAAUGGUGGACUCAGUGGAGAAGGUGGUUACCAACAAGGCAGAGAAAGGGGUUAUCGCCGUUCGAGCCCGAACCAGAAUUCUUCUUCGACCUGA